ACGUUUCCUUAUUAGGAAUACGACCACGGACUCCUUUGUCGCCCGAACUCUGCGACCGGCAUACGAAGCGGCCGGCAAGCUCGAGGCGCAGAAGCCACCCGACCCAGCAAGACCUCGAAGAGGAGAGGCGGCCCGAGCUAGGAAGGCACAUCACGAGAGAGCCAGUAUUCUCAUGCGCACCUUGCAUGACCAGGUUCCCGCAAAUGGGCAAGAAGUGGAGGCAGGCUUACAAGGCUUUCUGCCUGCCCUGAAAAAGGUCAUCAAGGAAGAGUUCGAGGGCAAGCUGGGGGUUCAGGUCCUCUACAUGCAGAGAGAAUGGGAUCGCUUUGUGACCAUGGUCAUGGGAGACUUCAACCACUACUUUAGUGUCAAAGAGGAUGGGGUGGAGGACUUUGAUCGAGAGGCUGGCGCAAAUCUGGCGGAAAACGCAGAGUAUGCCAUCAAGAAGCUGAAAGAAGCGGGAAGAUGUCUCGAUCGGACGGGGCAGUGAGGAUGAUCGCCCAGCAAAGGCACACUCAAGAUUUACGUUUCCAGGAGGAAGGUUCAGGACGUAAGGGAGGGCAUCUGGAGGAGAGGAUGCAGGAAUGGCGGUUCAAUGCAAACGAAUUAUGUUCAGGGCAAGCACGUCUUCAUUCACAUAUUCAACGCUAUGAUGGGAGAAGGCAUGAAAUAUUACAUUGGUAUCAGACCUCGUAGGCAGCUGCGAAAGCAUAUGAAGCUUG